AUGAAUUUCCGGCCAACCUCCCUCGCGCCAUUGUCAAUACCUCUACUGCUGGCCCUGCUCUUGCAGCUUAAUUCCUCUUUUGCAUCCACGGCAUCUGUUCUCUCGAUCAACAGGCCUUCACAAGAAGAUACGCCCAUCGAAAAGACCAAUCUUAACAAACAUGCCGCCUGUGGUGACGACUGCAACGACGAAUACAUCGAGAAUUGGUAUGCCAGCAUUCUGUACCCGAAACUGAAGACAGGGAACCACGAGCCAGAGAUUUUUUACUGGGGCGAUACCAUGGUGGUAAAUUAUAUCAGUUCGUUCGACGACCCAAUCCUCAACAUCUAUUGUUACCAGGAUGAGGCGCACACAACGGAGAAUGGGUCAUGGGCAUUGAACGACAAUGACGUCCCUGCCUACAACGGAACAAUUCCUGUUACGCUGGAAUUCUCCUUUCCGCAAGGUUUCAACGUCACUGGUUGUGAAAUCCAGUUAACUGGUCGCACUCCAGGUGAUUCAGUUCUCUUUACCGACCGCAUCAUCCACUUCGUCUCUGGACCGAGGAGCCACAACGACGAGCACACAAACGCAAACAAGCUCGGCUGA